UUCGAGAAAGACCUCUAUGCCCUUAUUCGGGGCAUGAGGAACCACAAGGGCAAUGAGAAGGAAUACAUCCAGAACAGCCUGAAGGAAUGCCGCCGCGAAGUACGGAGCCCCGACAUGGACAACAAGGCCACCGCCCUGCUCAAGCUGGUCUACCUCGAGAUGUUCGGCCACGACAUGUCAUGGGCCUCGUUCAACGUCCUCGAGGUCAUGUCCAGCCAGAAGUACCUGCAGAAGCGUGUCGGCUACCUCGCUGCCGUCCAGACUUUCCGUCCCGAUACCGAGGUCCUCAUGCUGGCCGAGAACCUGCUCAAGAAGGACUUGAACUCGCCGCAACUGCCUACUAUCGGCCUUCCGCUUGUCACCAUCCCUCAUGUCGUCAACCCUUCCAUGGCAAACUCGCUCUUGACCGAUCUCCUGCCACGCCUUACCCACUCCUCGCCCGCUAUCCGCAAGAAGACAAUCGUCACCCUCUACCGUCUAGCCCUCGUGUAUCCUGAAACUCUCCGUCCAGCAUGGCCGAAGAUCAAAGAACGUCUCCUCGACGAGAACGAAGACUCGAGUGUCACGGCUGCUAUCAUCAACGUCGUUUGUGAACUUGGCUGGAGAAGACCACAUGAUUUCCUGCCUCUGGCUCCUCGUCUGUUUGAACUACUAGUUCAGGGCUCCAACAACUGGAUGGCUAUCAAGAUCAUCAAGCUUUUCGCUACUCUCGUACCCCUGGAGCCUAGGUUAAUCAAGAAGCUACUGCCUCCACUAACCACUUUGAUUAAGACAACCCCGGCUAUGAGUUUGUUAUACGAGUGUAUCAACGGUAUCAUUCAAGGUGGCAUCCUGGACGGAGCAGAAGGCACUGUUGAGGGUGAUGAGAUUGCUCGUCUCUGUGUUAGCAAACUGCGUGGGAUGCUCGUGGUCGAAGGCGAUCCGAACCUGAAAUACGUCGCUCUGCUCGCUUUCACCAAGAUUGUAGCUUCCCAUCCUCAGCUUGUCGCUCUACAUUCAGAUGUUGUUGUUGAAUGUAUCGAUGAUCCAGAUAUCUCGAUUCGAACAAGAGCUCUUGAACUGGUUUCUGGCAUGGUAGAUGGAAGCAACCUUAUGCCAAUCGUCGAGCGUCUUCUCCGACAGCUUAGAGAGGCCACUCCCGCUUCGGCUUCUGACGAUCCGAUCAACGACAGAGGCAUGCAUGGCGGUGUUGUUCCCUCAGGAGACUCGGACGAUGAAGAGGCUGCCGAAUCAUUGCGAAGAAGAGAAGCGCGCUCGUCAAAAGCCCUUCCUCUUCCUGAAGACUACCGUCAGAGUGUCAUUGAGAACAUACUCGAUAUGUGUUCAAGAGACACGUACGCCAACAUUUCAGACUUUGAAUGGUACAUUGGAAUUUUGGUUGACCUUGUUGGCCACUGCCCGACGGUGGGCGCUCAAGCAUCAGACAGCUCUUCUACCAAGUCGACAACAAAUGUUGCCCAAAGCAUUGGUCUCGAACUUCAGAACGUUGCCGUUCGCGUGAAGAGUGUACGACCAGAGGCAGUUGCUGCAGCACAGUCAUUGAUCAUUGUAGAGCGCAGAAGAGACCUGUUCCCUGCUUCUGGAAACGGAGCACAGGCUGUACUGGCUUCCGUAGCCUGGAUGGUUGGUGAAUACCCUGACCUGCUUCCCGACCCGCAAGCGGUCUUGAGUUCGCUACUUCACACCUCUAGCGCUCAACUUCCUGCGAGUAUCCUUGCCAUCUACAUCCAAGCUAUUCCCAAAGUUUUCGCACGCCUGACAUCUAACCAAGAAAGAUCAUGGACUGCAUCCAGGAAAUCACAAUCCGAUCUGCUCAUGGCCAGAAUCAUCCACUUCUUGGAGCCACUUGUACAACAUCCACAUCUUGAAGUCCAGGAGCGAGCCGUCGAGUAUCUUGAGUUGAUGCGCGUCACAUCCGAAGCGAUUCAAGCUCAUGCUGUUGAGGGCGAAGACGACGGGUUUGUCGACCCGCCGCUACUACUUACCCAAGCUAUACCUUCCUUGUUCAUGGGCCAGGAGCUGAAUCCUGUUGCUAGUGGUGCUCUUAGCAAAGUGCCACUCACUGACGGCUUGGAUCUUGACACGCCUAUCAACGACAACUUGCAAAUACUCCUAUCACAAGCGGACUAUGACGACAUGUCGUUCCCAGACGAGGAUAACGUUUCCAAGUUCUACUUCGAGAAGCCAUCAGCAGUGGCAAUCCAGCCAGCGACUGCGGCUGAUUAUCUAGAACCCAAGGAAGCCACGCAGACCGGAUCUUACCAAUCCGAGGAUCGCAACAUUGAUCCAAAGGACAUUGCUAAGAAGAAGGCUGAAAGGCGCGAGCGUUAUAGAGAUGAUCCGUUCUACAUCGACUCGGAGCGAGUAUCAGGAACCUCAACACCACUGCAUAAUAUUCUCAAGAGCAGUAAUGGCGAAGAACUGGACAUCGACUCGAUUCCCAUCAUGGAUCUGCAACUCGACAGCAACAACACAGCAGCUGAAGCAGAUCGUCUACGAAAGUCCAAGGCAUCCAAAAAGUCUCGUAACAAACGUGUUGAGAUUGCUCAAGAUGAGACUAUAGGAGACGAUGACGCCCCUGCCGCGGCGGCAGUUCCCACCAAAGCCUCCCUACUCAGCAGACCCAAGAAGUCUCUUCUGCAUGUCGACAGCAGUGGUCUCUCGUCCCUCUCGCUAUCAGAGAAUGCAACUGCUCGCGAAACACAACUAGACUUUGAACGCCGCCAACAAGAGGAAGAAGAAAUGGCAAAGGCAAUCAAAGAAGUCGAACGCGCGCGUCUGGAAAUGCAAAGGGCACAAGAAAGAGUGGAAGCAACACAUAUCCCCGAAGAAGGCACAUUGGUCAAGCGCAAAAAGAAGAAGACGAAACCAAAGGCCCCUGAAGAGGAAAAGCCUGUAGAGUGUGAAAAGGCGGGUGACGAUGCAGAAGGUACGACAGCGGCCAAAAAGAAGAAAAAGAAGAAGGCCAAGGAGGAGAAUGUGGAAGAAGCAGCUGGUGAUGCAGGUGCAGAGGUAGAAGCCGCGACUGUCAAAACGAAGCGGAAGAAGAAGAGGCAGAUCAACUUUGAUGAGCAAGGGGACGCUCCCGCGGCCUGA